AGUCUAGUAGUUGCUAGCUAGUUAGCUACCUUGCUAACAACCAGUUUACGGUCAAGCUGUGGCUAGGCUGCUGGAACCAGAGACUGUUAAAUGUGUUGAACUACGAACAUAAUGCCUUACCAGUUAUGUUUGGACAUCGACUGAUAAACAAUUUGUGUAACGCAAGGCUAGUGAGAAAUCGCUCUCUGCCGCUGAACAACGGGUUGCAGCAAGCAAACUGCGACGGGUUGAGGCAGGAUCUUUUUGACCCGGCAGAGUUCAGAUGAAAAUGGAGACGGAAAGUACCUAAAGUUAAGAUAUCUGCCAGUCGACUGUUAUUUACAGUGAUGGGUGGCACGAAAACCCUCUCUGCCCCCGUUAAGGACGGACGUAAACACACCUAAUGCAUAGAGAAUGGCAAGGUUCCGACGGAAAACUUGCAUUACGCUGACAGGAUUAACACUCUUCAUAUUCGUCAUUACUCUUAUUUUGAAAUCUUUGAGGCCGGAAGGUUCGGGGUUUGGAAGUCCGUUUGGUCUCGGGCUUUUCCCGCACCUCAACAGAGUGGAGCAGAGCGCCGUUCAACCGCAAAUUGGAGAAGACACGUCUGCUGCCAAAGCAGCCCGGACCGUCGCGAAAAAAAUGCCUGACGAAAGUGCAAUUGAAUCGGAAGCAGCGCUUGACGAUUUCCCUGCCCCAAACUACAACCUGCAUGCGUUUUAUUACACAUGGUACGGCAACCCGCAGUUUGACGGCAAGUACAUCCACUGGGACCACCCGGUUUUGCCACACUGGGACCCUAAAGUGGCGGUCGGAUAUCCAAAAGGAAGUCACAGCCCUCCAGAAGACAUCGGUGCCAACUUCUACCCCGCCCUGGGGACGUACAGCUCUCGUGACCCCUCUGUUGUAGAGGCCCACAUGCAGCAGCUCCGGGCAGCAGCUAUCGGUGUUCUAGCGCUGUCUUGGUACCCGCCUGGCAUGAAGGAUGACAACGGAGAACCCACAGACGACAUUGUGCCUCUCAUUCUCGAUGUGGCUCAGAAAUACCAACUGAAGGUGGCAUUCCAUAUUGAACCUUAUAAAGGAAGGGAUGACCUCAGCAUGUGCAACAACAUCAAGUACAUUGUGGAGAAUUAUGGAGACCAUCCUGCCUUCUUUAGAUACAAAACCAGCAGUGGGAAGUUGCUUCCACUGUUCUACGUGUACGAUUCCUACCUGUUGAGUCCGGAUAAGUGGGCCAACCUUCUGAAGGAUGGUGGCCGUCACAGCGUCAGGAACACCCCCUUUGAUGGACUCUUUGUGGGCCUGCUGGUGGAAGAAAAACACAAGAGUGACAUCCUUGCUGCUGGCUUUGACGGGGUCUACACCUACUUUGCCACCAACGGGUUCUCCUACGGUUCCUCCCACAACAACUGGAAGUCCAUAAAGGGCUUCUGCGACAGCAACAACCUGAUGUUCAUACCGAGUGUCGGGCCAGGCUACAUGGACACCAGCAUCAGGCCCUGGAACUUCCAGAAUACGCGGAACCGCAUCAAUGGCAAGUACUACGAGACCGCGUUCGGCGCCGCCCUGGACGCACGGGCAGAUGUCGUCUCGAUAACGUCUUUCAAUGAGUGGCACGAGGGCACCCAGAUUGAGAAGGCCAUCCCAAAAACGGCAGGCCAGACCACCUACCAGGACUACCUGCCUCACAAGUCUGACAUCUACUUAGAAAUCACUCGCAGGUGGGCAGAGAAGUUGGUGAAAGAGCGGGAGAAGUGGCUGGUUUAAGCUGAGUGCAGAGUUGGGGAAACUUGAACUGUUAGUAAGAAUAUGUUUUUUUUUUUUUUUAAACUGAUUUCAAGGAAAGAACCUGAUAGUAUGAAACCUGACACCACACUGUACAGUACAGUAUGGACUGUAUUUGGAAUAAAGCAGGUGCCAGGAUGGAAGGCCAGGAUGGAAGAUGGAAGA